AACAGGAUAUAAAUCAAACCUAAUGAAGAACAUGUAGCAUGUUUUAUAAGCGUGUCAGAAUAUAAUAUACUGCACUAAGAUAACAUAGACGUAUAAUACUACAGGGACCUUUCAUUAAGUAGCAUCCCUACACAAUAAAUCCGACACAUCAUGUCAUUUAGAAGCGAUAUUGCUGCUGAAAUCUUGCAAUGCCUUGGAAAAAUGAAAUCAGAAAAUCGACUUCAUGAUUUUACGGUUAAAAUUGACGACGUAGAAAUCGGCUGUCACCGAGUGGUUUUGGCUGCGUGUUCGGAAUUCUUCUAUUGCCUGUUGAUGUCAGGGAUGAAGGAGGCCAACACAAGUUGUGUUACACUGAACGGGAUAUCAGUGAGGACCUUCGAGCAGAUUCUACAUAGUCUAUACACGGCAGAAGAUAUCUUGACGAAAGAGAACUUCAUUGAUGUCUGGCAGGCUGUCAACCAGUUGCAGGUUUCAUGCCUUAUCAAGCGGUGUGAAAGUUUUGCCAAAGAACUUUUAUCGCUUGAUAAUUUUGAUGAAAUUUUUAAAAUUGCUAAAUAUUUAGGCUCGAAAAAUGUAACAGAAUUUUGUGAGGAUUUUAUGUUAAUAAAUUUUGAAACGAUAAGUAAACGAAAUCAGUUUUUCGAAAUGCCAGCUGAGAAAGUAAUUGAGCUGGUUAAAAGCCCGAAACUGGUGAUAAAAAAUGAAGAUUUGGUUUUAGAAGCUGUGAUAAACUGGGUGCAGUAUACGAGCACUGAUGAAGAUACCGAAGGCUUACUAUUUGAAUCAAUAGAAUUAGCAAAUGAGACUGACUCAGUGGUGUCCAUACAAGCUACACAAAGUGAACCCAUUGGCAACGAUGAAGGUUCAAUCAAAGUACAGGAUAGAAAAACGUACUUUCAAGAAAUGUUGAAAGCAGUGAAGACUUGUCUUCUGACCCCAUCUUGUCUGGUUCGUGCGUUAAACCAUGAUUUAGUGAAGAGCAACACCGAUGCUAAGGAAAUAAUAAUAAAAGGGAUUUUAUAUAAUCUUAAAAUUUUCACCAACGGGCAGUGGCCGAAUGCUGCAACAUAUAGAACGAGCAGCGAAUACGUAAAUGUUGGAGUUUGUGUUGAACCUGGUGGGUCGUUACAGGCUGUAUCUAUGAACGAUGGGAAAUGGUGUUCUCUCUGUUCGCUGCCAGGUCUAAAAUUAGAAAUACAGAUCUUAGCUCUUGGACAAAAAUUAUACGCCGUAGGAGCUAGAGACGCACAGCAAACAAAGGCCACUUUGUGUGUGUUGACAGAAAGGAACUGGGAUCGAAUCAUGGAUUUGCCAACUAGAUCUUUGUACCUGAUUGCACAUGAAAAUAUAUUGUUUAUUUUAAAUAAAGAAGACAAAAUGAUAUACAAGAUCAAUGAGACAUACAAAGAUUUGGAAUUGUUGUAUCCUUUCCCGGAUAUAAUAUCUGUGGAGUUUGCGAUGUGUUUCGACAAGUACAUGCUAGUGUUUUACACGGAGUUUACUAAAGGUGUUGAUACGAUGACAGUUUAUUGUUUGGACAUGCAUGGUAUGGUAUGGUCGAGGCUAACCAACAUGGACGGUAGCGCUGAGAGCAUGGUGAGCUUCAACGACGAUGACAACACCUACAUUCUUCAAGCAAACGGCACUCUUUGGAAGGUGAAUUUACCCUCGUUUGGUGAUAUUGAGUUUUUGUAUCUCGCGAACCUGUGGGAGUUUCCACGACAGUUAUUUGGGGCGUUGACCUACAAUGGCACGUUGUUUAUUUCUGGAGCAUGCCCUGAGUAUGAAUCAGAAGACCUGACAAGAAUUAUUAAAUCCAUACCUGGACUGUUUUCUUCUGUCCAGUAUUUAAUAAUGAAUCAAAAUUGCUCAAAUUUUGUGCCAGUUAUUUUGCCAAAAUCAUGUUUAAAAUGUGCUUAAACCUGAUGUUUUUUUUUUUGCUUUAUACUUUUUGUUUACCAAACCAAAGCUGAAAGUGUAUUAUUCUUUAUAGACUUGAAAUUACAUACAAA